GCUGUCUCGCAGCUUUGGCGCGCACUUUUUGACAGCCGCGCUCAUCUCGUCUGGCGACGCGCGGCCAUCCAUGCGCGCCAUCACGGGCGCGAGCAUCCUGAGCAACUCGGCCGCCACCGUCUGGACCAUGUCUGUGCACAUGUCCGCCAAGAUGGCGUCCGUGGCCGGGUUCCGAAUGCCGGCAGCCAGCAAGGCCCACUGGGCUGCCGAGAUUUGCCCGAAGUGCUUGUUCACCACCGGAAGUAGAAGGUCCCAUUGCACGAUCACUGCCUGCUCCAUGGCUACGUGCGCGUCCACUUGUGCACGUGCAGAUGAAGCCGCAAGAACCGAACCUGGCUGGACUGUGUCAGAGCUGCUGGACGCCGCACUUCCUUGUAACGUCACGGCCAACCUGACGCCUUUAUGGGGAACGUGUGACUGCGUCAUGGGGAGCGCGAGCCCUUCAGGUGCGCGUGGCUACAUGUGAAGGCGUGACGUCAUCGCCAAAGAUCAAAACAAAAUGGUUACAGAAACACUGAAAAGUGAAGAAAAGGUCAAACUCUCACAUGAAAAGCCAUUUCGAAUGUUCUUCAUCCUCCUCGCUGCGGACCAUCCAGGCGCAUGUUGGCGAGCAAAAAGCCGUAGAAGUGGUGCACAUGAUGAUUACUGCAAUGACAUCUUAUAAUUUGGACUAUUCUGGGAUGCCGAUGAAGACCCAAAAAGAACAUUCCAGAUGUGGAAGCUCCUCCCCUUCCCCCAAAUAUGUGACAACCCGGGGGUGGGUGUGUGUGGGGUGGGGUGGACUAAUGCAGUGGAAAAGAAGCGAGCGCUCAGGAGACGAGUCAGUUGUGCGGACGCUUAAGCGGGACACAACAUGGAGGUUCUUUGGGUCGUUAUGGUGACGCUGGGUCUUCAUCAGGUGUUCUCUGCCUCGGCUCAGGCUUGUCCCUCUGUCCGCGACCUGCUGACCUCGGUGCGUCAGGUUGAGAAGAUGCUGGCGGCCCAUGAGGUCGCCUUCCAGCAGAACCUGCGCUCGCUGCGUAAGAAGAUGAGCGCUCUGCAAAACAGCACGCUGGCCGCCAUGAAGGCCGCUAACGCCUCCUGCCCCAAAGUGGAUCCGCCCGCCCACGGCCGACGGCUGGGCCGUGUGUUGGCUGUGGGGCACGAGGUCCACUUCCUGUGCAAGCCUGGCUACGAGUUGAUUGGACCACGUACGCGAGUUUGUCUGGAGUCUCUGAGGUGGAGCGGCCAGGCGCCCGUGUGCCGCCCCGAGGAAGAUGGAGGUUCUGACGGCACCGGAAGCUCCUCCUCCUCUUCUUCCUCUUCCGCUGCUACUUUUCCACCCACCUCGCCGCCAACCUCCAUGCCCGUCCUGGGCGCGCUCUCUGCCUCCUCGCCAUCUUCCCCUCCACCGGCGUCUUCGUCUUCUUGGGUGCGCCCCUCCCACUGCACCCGCUUCCUGGGCUCCACACGCUGCACGUGCGACGUGGGCUUCACCAUCUCAGGCCGCGACAACAACAUCUGCUCAGACAUUGACGAGUGCCACCUGUUCCCUCUGAGCCAGCCGGGCCGCCUCUGUGUACACGAGUGCGUCAACACGCCCGGAAGCUUCCGCUGCUCCUGUCCCGCCGGCUACGAGCUCGCCGCCGACGGACGUAGCUGCACAGACGUGGACGAGUGCGACGACAGGAAGCACAACUGCAGCGGUGAGGAGAUGUGCAUCAACACCCAUGGAGGUUUCCGCUGCGUGACGGUGGCGUGUCCCCGCGGCAACAACGCCACUUACAUCAAGACGUCGCCAACGCGCUGCGAGAGGAACCCGUGCAUGCUGGGCGACAGGGCGUGCACACAGGCGCCAAACUCCGUCUCUUUCCACUUCCUGUCGGUGGUGUCCAACAUGUCGGCGCCGCGCGUGCUCUUCCGUGUGUCGGCGGCUCGCGUGCUGGGCGACACGCUGCGCUUCGGGCUGGCGGGCGGCCGCGGCCGGAGCCACUUCAGCGUGCAGCGCUCAGGCCGCCAGACGGGGACGCUCCUCCUAGUCACGCCCGUCCUCGGCCCCGCCACGCUGGAGGCCGAGGUGGAGAUGAGCGAGCUGGAGCGCCACACCCUGUUGGGCCGCUACCUCACAAAGGUCACCCUCUUUGUGUCGCCUUACCCGUUUUAAAGACACAAGUGGACCUCAGUGUUUGUUGUUGGAGCUUUCUUAUCGGCUGGAUUGCAUUUCAAGACCUUUUAUUACCAUUAGUAUUGUUACUUCUCAAAAAUGUGGUGAAAAAAUGUUUAUUUCAUACAAAGAGGUGGCAUACAGUAUAUAACAUUUCAAUCAGGAUUUUCUGUAAAGCUACAUUAGAAUAUUUUGGAACUUUAGUUCUGUUAGUACUGUGCAAUUAUGAUUAUUUCUUUAAAAAAAAAAAAGAAGGCUCUAAAUUAGGGUGUCCAAAGUGUGGCCUGGGGGUCGCUUGCGGCUCGCAGACGUUUUUUUAUUGGCCUGUGGCACAUUCUAAAAAUAUAGAAUAAAAAAAUACAAAAAAAUUGACAAAUCAUCAGUAAUUUUACAAGAAUAAAGUCAAAAUAUGAAGAGAAAAAGUUCUAAUUUUACGAGGAUAACGUAAUAUUAUUAGGAAAAAUAACAUUUUCGUAGCAUAAAGUUGAAAUAUUAAAGAAAAAAAAUAUGAGAGCAACAGAGCAAUAAAGUUGUCAUUUUUUUUAAAAGUUGUAAUGUUACAAGAAUACUAUGGGAAAUGUUCAAAUAUUAUGGGAAUAACGUCAUAAGUAUGAGAAGAACAUUUACAAGAAGAAAGCUGAAAUAGUUGGAACAUUUUCAAAAUAAAGUCAAAAUGUUAAGAGAAAAAAGUUGCAAUUUUAUAAGAAUAAAAUCUAUUAUGAAGAAUGACUAUUAUAAUGUCAUUUUAGUAGCAUACAAUUGAAAUGUUGAAGAAAAAAUAAGUUAUUUUUGAAAAGUCGUCAAAUGAGAAACAACAAAAUAAAGUUGUAUUUUUUGGGAAACUAGGUUGGAAUAAUAUGGGAAUAAAGUCAUAAUAUUCUGCAAAGAAAAUUUACAAAGAUUAUUUAUGAAAUAUUUGGAAAAUUUAAAAAAAUGGAGGGAAAAAAGAUCAUACUAGUAAUAUGCUUUUCCACCUACAGUACAUCACAAAGCUGAGAUGCAGUUUUCUUUAAAAUAUAUAUAACUUCUUAGCAUAUCUAUUGUGUUGCUUUGAAAUGAUAUUUUUAGAUAAGUACUUUGUACUCACUGUAUCUGAAAAUAUCACUAUCACUGGAAUGUCAUUCACUCAUUCAUUUUUUGGAUUGAAUGUAUUUAUCGGGCAAUGGAAACGGAGGAAAACAAGGCUAAACAUUUACAAUGUGAUUUGAAGAUAAAGACCAUAACAGGCCUUGAAUAAUAAUAAUAAGUCAACACUUUCCUUAAAACAAGUGACGACUCUAAUGGUACCCGCAAAAUGAAACCACUGACUAUAAAAGGUCAUUGAAGGCACUAAGCACUCUUGGCAUCAUAUCACAAUAUAGUACGGUAUAGUAUAGUAUAGUAUAGUAUAGUAUAGUAUAGUAUAGUAUAGUAUAGUGCUGGCUGCACUGUUGGGCACUGCCAAAUGGAUCGUGUCCAUACUCUGCUCCACUCAACCACCUUUUUCUGCGUUUUUUGGUUGUUUCUUGAACUUUUUCCCUUCACGAUGGACUUUCUAAAAUAAAAAUAAUCUUAAUAUGACCCUUGGCCACCUCAGUAUCAUCAGCUGUCUUUGCGCCCGUUCCUUUUGAUCCACCGUCCAGUUACUUUAUUCUUCUUCAAACUGCCUCCUCCUUGUAGUUUUCCACACAAAAAAAUUGCAGGCAUUUCUUUCUUUUUGUGGCGCUCACUCUGGGUAUGCAGUCUGUACCAACUAGCUAAACAAAUAUUAUUGACAGGACAAGGACAAGGUAGUUAUGUCAUGUUUGAUUUCCUUUUUGGCCACAGUUGAAAGAAUUCAAACUACUAAAGAUAUAUUUUAUACAAUAUAA